GUGAAGAGCGCAGGCUCGCGCCCUAAUCAGGCCCAAAAUCUCGGUGUUUACGGCUAGGAUAGUCAUCGGAUAUGCACGGACCUCACCGUCCGUCGUCUCGGUUUUGAUAGAAAAAGUCCCCAUCCGGUGGAAAAGCCGUCAAACCGUCCCGGAAGAGGUUUUUCCCCACUUUGACCGCUGCCGCGGAGGGAGGGCGGACCAUAUCGAUUUUCCCCUGCCACCACCUCGCCGCCCCCGAUUGAACAAAAACCCCUCUAGGACACCUGUAGAUCCGGGCCUAAACUCGCUCACAUCCCUAACCCCGCUGGAACCCGACACCCCGAACUCGCCAAUCCACGACGCCUCGCCGGAAGGGCCGCCUACUGGGAAAUCAACCGAGGAUACGCCUGAAGGGACUAGUUGCAGACACAGAUUACCCACUAUUAUGCAGACUUGAACGUCGUUUAUAAAAAUCUCAACAAAACGAGAAGCAACCUUUAAAAAAAGAUGUCAGGGCGUCGCGGCUCGGUAUGCGAGGUGACGUCCCCAGACGGCCGGACCUUCCCGAUCGAGGAACUCGAAGAGAAGGAAAUCAAACGGGAACGAGAGAUGCAGAGGAUCAGGCCGAGUCGACGCAGGAUGCUCCGCGACCUGUCCAACCUUUCCGAGGCGAGGAAUUCCGACAGCCUGUCCCCGACGCACGUCUCAUCCAACUGGACUCUAUCAAGAAACUCGACUCCCGAUUUGUUCAACGACCUCUUCUCCACGCCGUCCACGAGAGAGACGAACCUCUCCAGAACGUCCUCUACGAAAGGUUUAUCGUUCCUGGCGAGCCGUAGGUCUAGCAAGGGGUCUGAGAUCGCACCUUUGCCCAAUUUGAAUAUCCCCAAAAAGAAUUUUAACCAACUUCAAAUUCCCGUCGCGGACCACGCCCGACCAAGGGUCUGCUCCCUGCCCGAGAAGAGUUUCAACCCUAGACUAUCGGACGACCUGUACCGCCUCAGGAACUUCUGCAUUACCAACAAAGGCGUGGUGAACUACGGCGACUCCAUCCGGGACCGUCGUUCCAGGUCGAACACUUCCAUUAAUUCAACGAACAGCCGGCUCUCGCCACCUUCCCCCUGGCAGGGGUCCUGCUGUUCACAAACGACUGAGGUCUCCUCUGAGACAUUCGAUAUCCCCAAGUACAGGGUAGUCCUCCUCGGAGAGUCGGGAGUCGGCAAAACGGCUCUUGUCUCUCAGUUCAUGACAUCCGAAUACAUGAACACUUACGACGCUUCCUUAGAUGACGAAUUUGGCGAGAAGACAGUGUGCAUCCUCCUAGACGGCGAAGAGUCGGAGGUCGUCUUCAUCGACCACCCGUCCGCCGAGAUGUCCGUGGAAAACAACUUGUCGACGUACGAACCGCAUGCCGCUAUAGUCGUCUACAGCGUCAUACAAAAGGAGACUUUCAAAGUAGCCGAGGACAUCCUCAACUAUCUUUGGAGGGAGAGCUACACGAAGGAGAAGGCUGUGAUACUCGUCGGAAACAAGGUGGACCUCGCUAGAGCUAGGACCGUUGCGACAAGUGAAGGGAAAGCCCUGGCCGCCUCCAGAGACUGCAAGUUCAUCGAGACCUCGAGCGGGAUACAGCACAACGUGGACGAAUUACUUGUCGGGAUUCUCAAGCAAAUCAGACUGAGAGAGGCGAAAGAGCAGAAAAAAGCCAGGAGACGCCUCCACUCCUCGAAAACGUCUUUGAGUCUUUACACGGCCAAGGAGAUUCUCGCCAAGGUCUGCCUCUCAGAAGGAAAAUCGAAGAGCUGCGAGAAUCUUCACGUACUUUAAAAACCCAUUAACAAUUGAAAUACAAUAUUCGGUGUUUUGUUUUUAGUUUGUAGGAAACAAAGUUAAAAAAAGAAAAAAAAAAUGAGAAGCAAUUUUGGGUGUAUAGAACUUAAAAUCGAUGUCUCUUCCAAGAAAACUCUCUGGCCUAAAGCGGUAAUAAAAUUAUAUAAAUGUGCGACAAUGAAAUUUAAAGGCCUAAGUUGUAACUUAAUUUCUAUUUGUGUGAGUGUUUGCGAGAGAAGAGCUGUGUGAGAGCGAGCGAGAAAGUCCAUAUCAAACUAAAUAAUAAUAACAAAUAAAAGAUACAUAUGAAAAGUGAAAAUAAAGGUUGUACUAGUUGGUAACUUUAACAUACAAAAAUGAUUU